UUUUUUUAGUGUGUUAGAUAGUGUAUGGAGUAUAGAUAGUUACACAACACAGUAGAUUUCUUCCUGGUGUUCAGGUUCUCGAAAUGGAAUCCUUAAGGCGGACAUUCAGAAGUCGUAGAGACUACUCGGCCAUUAACCCAGUGCUGAAAUAUUUCCUUUUCUUUGAGAAUUUUCUUAUAUGGCUUGCAGGUCUUGGAAUGACGGCCAUUGGGGCUUACGUACUUUACAUGAAGAAGAAGGUUGUUAAGGACGCGUUCGAUUUCUUCCUGGAUCCGUCCACAUUGAUGUGUACAGGGGGCGCUAUAGUCGUGUUCAUCACUUUCUUUGGGUGUAUGGGAGCUCUCAGAGAAAACACAUGCUUAUUGAAAACAUACAACUACGUAUUGAGUUUCAUCUUUUUGGGAGAGUUGGUGCUUGUAAUCCUUAUUUUCGUGUUUUAUUACGUCCCCGAAUCUCGUCAUCAACUGGGAAUUUUCCCUCAGGAUAGCUUGAGUAAUGCAAUAACAAAAUACGGCGUUGUGGACGAUGAUGACAUGGUCAGUCUUAUUGACAAUAUACAAAAAACGUUGCAGUGUUGUGGUUUAGCUGAUAGUGAAGAAGGGUAUAAGGACUGGACUAAAAACCCGUAUUACAACUGCACGAAGCACAACAAGAGUCCAGAGGCAUGCUCUGUACCUGCCUCAUGUUGUAAAGUUAAACCGGGACAGGAAAUAAAUGUCUUAUGUGGUCGAGAUGUGAUGCAAGCGAUCGAAAAUGGUAAUUCUAUAAUCAUAUCUGACGGUCCAUAUAUAAGCCGCAUUAAUAAGGCUGGCUGCGUCAGGGCCUUGGGGACAUGGAUCCAGACAAAUGCUAUGGUGUUGGGGGGCAUUCUGCUAGGAAUACUUCUGCCGCAGAUGUUUGUUAUGUGUCUUUCCCGUACACUGAGGGAUCAAAUUAAAAGCCAGAAAUCAAAAUGGGGACGUCAACGCCGUUACCAAGACAACCCAGCUUUUGAUCGGCACUGAGCAUGUGCAUCAACAAGGUGAAACUUUUUCUAAACGAUAAAAAGAACUGUGAUAUAUGAGAUUAUGGCAAAUUAACAGUGCCUGUAGUUUAUUCAUAUUACUGUGAUUCAGUGUUUUAAUUUUAUGUUGAUUUGUACAGUGUAUCAAUUUACAUAAUACAUACAUAAAUGAAUUCCUACCAUUAUGAAUUUGUAGAAUACAUGUAUAAUAGCAAUGUGUGAGAGAGAGAGAGAGAGAGAGAGAGAGAGAGAGAGAAUCUUCAUUAUAUGUAAAU